AUGUCAAAUCUUGCCAAAUUUGAAUUUGCGGUCUUAGACAUCUCAGGUAAGAAUUAUUUGUCAUGGGUGAUAGAUGCUGAAAUUUACCUAGAUGCUAAAUGUUUAGGAAAUACUAUAUUAGCAGAUAAGGAAGCAUCUAAUCAAGACAAUGCAAAAGCAAUGAUUUUCAUCCGUCAUCAUCUGCAUGAAGGAUUAAAAGUGGAAUAUCUCACUGUGAAAGACCCUCUUGAGUUGUGGAAAAAUUUAAAGGAACGAUUUGACUAUCAGAAAAUUGUGAUACUCCUUAAAGCUCGUUAUGAUUGGAUGCACUUACGGUUGCAAGAUUUUAAGACUGUAAGUGAAUACAAUUUAGAAAUUUUCAAAAUUAGUUCUCAACCUAAAUUAUAUGGAGAAAACAUAACUGAUGAGGACUUGUUAGAGAAAACAUUUUCAACCUUUCAUGCUACUAAUGUGCUCCUGCAGCAGCAAUACCGUAAAAAAGUUUUUAAAAGGUAUUCUGAAUUGAUUUCAUGCCUUUUGGUGGCUGAACAAAAUAAUGAGUUGUUGAUGAAAAAUCAUGGAAUUUGUUCCACUGGUUUUGCAUCAUUCCCUGAAGUGAAUGUAACAGUACACAAUAAUUAUGAACACAGAAAAUAUAUAGGUCGCGGUCGUGGUCAUGGACGUAGUGGGGAACGUGGUCGAGGACGUAUUAGUAAUCAUUAUCAUGGUGAUCAUAACAACUAUACUUCAAACCGCCAGAAAAAGAAUAACAAUGAAAGACAAGAAAGAAGUGGUCAAAAUAAUCCUUCAAAGAUUAUUGAGAAUAUAUGCUAUUGA